CAGCGAUGGCGGUGGAGGAGGUCACCGAGGGCGUGAGGAACCUCACCGUGGAGGGGGACGCCGCCGGGGCGGCGGCGGGUGAGGGGGCUGUGAGGAGGGCGGCCGGGAGCAGCAGCAACCGCAUCCAGGUGUCCAACACGAAGAAGCCCCUCUUCUUCUAUGUCAACCUCGCCAAGAGGUACAUGCAGCAGCACGGCGAUGUCGAGCUCUCGGCUCUCGGGAUGGCCAUUGCAACAGUUGUGACCGUUGCGGAGAUUCUUAAGAACAACGGGUUUGCCGUUGAAAAGAAGAUUAGAACGUCUACAGUGGAAAUAAACGAUGAAUCAAGAGUUCGCCCGCUCCAAAAGGCUAAGAUUGAGAUAGUUUUAGGAAAGAGCGAGAAAUUUGACGAGCUGAUGGCUGCCGCAGCGGAAGAGAGGGAAGCUGCCGAAGCUGAGGAGCAGGCCUGAUUGAGUAGUAGGAAUGACCGUCGCCGUGUGUUUUGUUUCUGUUGUUUAAUACUGCAUGCAUUAGAGAUGGCAUGCUUUCUUGUUCAACUUAUGUUUUUCUUAUGGCCGUGUGUGUAAACUCAGUACUGAUGAGUUUUGGGUGUAAACUCAGUCUGUUUGCAAUUGAGACAACUUCUCCAUCUCCA